AUGUCUUCAAUCGUGACGAGUAUUCUAAGUUCAACCGUGGGUUUGUUGUGGAACAAGGCUCGCGACUCUACUGCGGCUAAGCUGAAGGACGGCGAUGUUACAGACGCAAAAAUUCGAGAGAUUGUCGUACGAGAGUUGAACGACAUCAAGACAAAGCUCGAUGGUCUUUCACGUAAAGAUCUUCUCAGCAGCUACAAUUUCCUACAGGAAGGUGUGGAUUUCCUCAAUGUUUCUCUUCAAAAAUCAAACCUCGACCAGAAAGCUUUGACAAAUGAAACUCACGAUGAUCGAGGCGAGACAUCAACAAUGCCGAGUUGUGGUCAGUCUGGGAUCUUAAGCGAAGCUAUUAAACUUUCUCAAGCCAUGGGAAAGCUAAAAUGCAGCUCAGAUGACGAGUACGAAUCCGCUAAAAAACGAUUCGAAGAUGCCCGUAAGAGAGCAACCGAUGCUUUCUCUACUGAAUCAUUAGUUCUCAAAGAUAUGAUCUUCGCCGCGAAGCUACGAAUAGUGUCUGAGAUGUUGAAAUGUCUUGAUCGUCCCGAAACCGCAGUAACAGGAUGUUUGUCGUUUUUGAAAAAGUUCCAUAGCUUACCUGCAAUCCAAGAGAUAUUCUCCGUGUACUGUACCUCAGCGGAGGAAUAAAGUCGAUGCUGAAUAAGAGCGAACGAGUCGAGAACGUAAAAUCAGUGAUGUUGAUUAACCAUGUGUUAUUUCAAUAUGCGUCGAAAUUCAAGUAUUCAUCUGACUUGCUCGUCAGCAUGCCAACAAUUGAACUACCUAGUCGCAGUUUUUCCCCAAUGUUACAUUGGCAGGAGAUUGCAACAAGAAAGUCUAUGGGGAAAGAACUAACCCAACAUCCUAACGGACUGAUACUUGAUGAAGAAAUUUUUCCGUAUGUAUGUGCUGUGAACGGUCAUGGGGACGUUCUUACUCGAAAAUAUCUUGACCAGAUCCAGGUUAUUUCUUAUAAGACAGGUGAAUGCAAGGUAGUUAAAUUACCAGACCCUAGAGAAGGUGAAGUUAUCGAGCAACGUGUUGCAGGAUUUGCUGUUGAUAACAAUAACAAUGUUUACGUUGUUGUACGGCAUACAACACGUACGGAAAAUGGCGAUGUAAAAAAUUUCGUGUUGUAUGUAUUAGACGAGAACUACCAUGUAAAACACGACUCAUACAGCUUGGAUUUUAUGGAGGCAAAUGCUACUAUUUUUUGUUUGGUGAGCAUCGCUAUAAACAAAAACAAUAAUAUCAUCAUGAUCAAAGGCAAUAAUCCCCACGUGUAUAUAUGUGACAACACUGGGAAGUUGCAACACAAGUUUGAACAUAACCCAAGUGUGGUACCCAGCUUGGGUAUUUCCGAGCAGGAUAAAAUCAUCACAUCAUCAGGCAAUCGCGAGGCUAUGCACACAUUCUCUGAGGAAGGAAAUCUGAAGUCGACAGUACAACUACCAGAAGAUCACGAGAUCUAUGGAGUAGCGCAUCACUAUGUUAUUCGUAAAAUAAUCGUUUUAACCUAUGUCGACAAGACCUCGACGUUCUUCUGUAAGAGAAUUGACGAUGAAAUUAUCAAAAUCACGUCCCAUCCAAGUGGUCCAGUUGCUGUGGUUACGACGAAUAGCAUCACCUUUAUUUAAGGGAACUGUCUAUGUUUGUACAUGCAGUGUGAACAAAACGUCUUCUAAAAACUUACAUGACACACUUAAGUAAUGAUUCUAAACUUAUUAACUAUAAUAUAUGCUAAUUGUAAUAAAUUUCUGAAAUUUGUAAUUGUGAACGUUUGAGCGACAUAAACUUUAUGUUUUUGCUUAACAAAUGUCAAAACGUUUAUAUAACAUAUAACAUGCAUAAUUAUAUAACAUAAUUUUUUAAAAAACUUUUGUAGUGAGUUUAUUAACUUAGGAGCCAAUGCCACUUUAAGGGUUCAAAAUUUAAUCAGAUAUCCUUCAGCCCUGAGGUCGUUGAAGUUUGGCCACGCUUGCGAAAAACCACAUCUAUGUCACUACUAUAAGUAAUCAGAUUUCAAUUCUCACUUUUCAUAAAUUUUUAGCUUGAAGGUGUCAAUUAGUAACCACAUUUCAUUAGAUAUUAAUUUCAUUAUCCCAUUAAGGCUGCACAUUUUCUCCAACGAGCAGAGAGAAAAACUUUAUAGAUGCAGGGUCCAGAGGCAUGCCCCGCUGAGAAUUUUUGAAAUCUGAGUUCUCUGAGAUAAUUUUCCCUGCAUUCUGAGAAGUCAUGUAAUGACACAUUUUACUGAUGUUUCAAUGACAAAUUUUAUGAUAAUGGUUGCAAAUAUGUACUAUUUUGAACAGAAUACAAUGUCCAUCAGGGCCUCUUUUAACUAUAUUACUGGGUGCGAUAAAGCCCCCUCCCCAGUCUAUGUCCCCAGUCAAGCCCCUCCCCGGUCUCUUUUCCCUAAAAUUUAAGCAAACCAAUGGAAGAAAAUGGAAUUUAGAAGGGAGGUUUGAUAUUCUAGCACCUGAAACUUGCUUUGUAAAUCUUAUGUCAUGUCUUUUAUCUUUUAAUGAUUCAAUGUCUUUUUAAAAAUGCUAAAAAUUGUGUUGUAAAUACCUAGGUUUCAAAAAGUUCCCAGUUGAUAACAACUCAAAUCUAUAGGGUUUGGGAUAUGGCUAUAGGCUAGGCUAAACAAGUUAGUGACUGAGUUAUGGUAUUUAUAUACAUAAACAUACCAUGCAAGUACUUAACUGAAGAUUCAGUCUAUCUACGGUAUAAUAUAGAACACUGUAUAUCCAAUAAUCUGUUUCAGAAAAGGCAAGAAAUGCAGCACUAGGAAUGGAAAAAUACGAAAAUUUUCUGGGGGAGAGUAGACUCGCCUACUAUUACAUACGAGACCACACGAAAUUUUUGCUACAAACAACCAUCUGUCAUCUCUCCACACUCAGUAUAGUCUGAUCCCUUUCUGUAGAUGCCCCCCCCCCCCAACACUGACAAUUUCUUAAAAAAGGCCCUGGUAUCCAUGUCUUAUUUUAAAGGACAUUGGCAAUAAAAAAUUAGUUUAGUUCAUUUGAAAGAACUCUUAAAACUAUAUAUUAAACUAUAUCACAGAUUGUUUAUAUCUUGCUUAGUUUUCAAAAUAUUUCGACUGAAAAAAGUGAGCUGUUCGCCAUCUUGGAUUAUUGAGGAUAUGCAUGUUACGUCAAGAGAGGGCUCACGCUAAUUUUUUAUCUUGAGAGUAAGCGCUCAAUAUGGGUCCAAAACAUCGUUUCUGGUUGCUGUCAGAAAUUUAGAAAUGAUUAAAAACAUUUCAAACAAUUUUGGAUUGUUAUUCGAUCAUUUUAGAGUAGUUUUGUAUGGUUAACCCAACUCCUGACGUCAUCAAAACCAUAGUUAAUGAGGUAAAGAAUUUUUCCAAGAUGGCGGAAAGCUCAUUAAUUUCGGUCUAAAUAUUUCGAAAACUAAGCAAGAUAUGACAAAUCGGUAAUAGAGUUUAAUAUAUAAUUUAAUGUAAUGAGACAAAUAUAAUAUAAUGAGACAAACUAAUUUUUUAUUGCCAAUGUCCUUUAAGAACUUAGUAAAGAAUUUCCUGUUUGGCUGGAGAUGUUGUCUGCUCAGGUGGAGAUUAAGUCCCAAACUUGGAGUCACUAUGCGGCUAAAAGCUGGACAUUUAACAUCUAUGUUGUUUUCAUUGCAUGUGCAUGCAAAAAUGCCAGUUGCCAGUUGAAAAAAUGUCUUCAAAUAGCCCCUGAAGGUCAACUAGCAGUGAAGAUUAAUGACACAAAUAGCAGUAGCUAGGCGAGAUAUCACCUUGCACUAGGUGUGAACUCAGUCAAGUGGGAUAAAAUUUUCCAUAUGAAGGUUUUAUCCCACCUGACCGGGAUGGACCUCUAUAUAACGAACCAAAACCAGAUCUUUAAGUGUUGAUAAUAAAUGGCGGUUGGCUCGUGUAAUACACUGACGGCGGAUAUCAAGUAACUUGCUGCGAUUGUAAGUUAUUUUGUCAACAACUGCAAUUUGCAUAAAUGUUCCGCUAUUUUGACUUUGACCUGGAGAUAUAUUCGACUCCAAACCCGAGUGUACAGGGCCAGGAUUUCGACAAAUAUCCACGUAAAUCGUUAUAUCUACGGGAGGGUCAUGUCCUGGGAUCAAAAGGUUGAUUAUUCCAUGCUUUGACCACUUUGUAAUAGCAGCAAAAGCUAUGCAAUAGCAACAGAUAAAACCACUGCGUGCGAGGUUCCAUUUCAUUGACUUCGAACGAGGCGUGUAGAAAUAUACCAGAAAAUCAGUUGAAAACGAGCUUAUAUUGUUAUAGAUGUAGUCACCAGAUCUUUACUGGAUGACUUUUCAUUUAUAUUGUUAUAAAUAUCUUGAAGAUUCAAGGUAAAAAAGACAGUAAAAUUGCAUGCAAUAAGACAGAGCCAAAACACCGUGGCAGCCAUCAUGGCGCCCUUUUAAUAAAUUCAAGAGAGCAAACAUCAGAGAGCAAACAUCAGAGAGCAAACAUCAGAGAGCAAAGAUUUAACAUCAAGCCAUAGGUAAAUGUCUGUUUGCAAUUGAUACUGACCACUAAAUUAUCUGUGCAUGCAGAAGAUCUUUUUGCCCUACAUCUAUACUAUGUUGUGGAAUGAUAUAUAUUGACAUAUGCAUCUGUAUGCAUUCCCUUGAUUCAGUUGUUACACUGGCCUGUAGGCCAAGUGUCUUAAAUCCCUCUUUUUCUGUUUUCUGUUUUCGACGAGAAAUGGAGUUUGCGUUAGGUCAUCGCAGGCUCAGGGUGCAACGUGCUCCAGUGACAUAUUCAGUUCAGUUUCAAAAUGGCGGCUUUUCACUGAGCGAUCUAAUAUAUAUUUCACACAGUUUCGUUGAAUUUUCAAAGAAUUGUGCCGGUUUCCUAUGGAUUUUACGUUGUGUCGCACUCUGGCCUUUCUUGCGUGUUGAAUUAGUGUGUUUUUCUUUGUGUAACGACUCGAAAACCCCAAAAUUUGGACCCAGCGAAUUUAUACAAUAUAGUGGCAUAUAAACAAGGACAAGUUAAAGGUUUGACAGUUUCACUUUUUAAUUAACAAGUUAAAUAUACGUUGUACGUAGGCUCAUAAACAUGCGUUGUGCUCUUGUAUUUAUUUGCAUAAUUAUAAAUUUGCACCUAAUUACAUUAAUUUGCGCCAAAUUACAUUCUAAUUCAUCAUAUAUUACUAUAAAAUGUAUGUUUUCGAAUGUAUUCAGCGAGAUGGCGUUGCGUGCGGCGAAUUAUUAGAUGUUUACUGGUUGGGGUUAGAGAAGGGCUUUGGGUUGGGAUCAGUUUAUCUUACAAGUGGAAACAAAUAGUCGUAUUUUUUAGAAGAAUCGUCUACGUCUAUGAACUUUUUAGCACCUGAAACUAGCCAUAUAACGGCAUUAAAAAUCAUGGACUAUAAUUUCUUCGCUAUUAUUGCAUCGCUAUUAUAGUUGAUGAUCAUAGUAUUACAGUGGGCCUGGCUUGUCAGGUUGAGUUGCCCGUAGCCGGAGGGUACGUCUAAGCCGGCGUCUUGGUAUAUUAUGGUUGAUAGUUGCUGAUCAUGAUUGUAUUUAUUGGUUGCAUUUAUAUGAUCCAGUAUCCCUAUCUACUUCUCUACUACACAUUACACCCAGUACUACGAAAGUUGCCAUUUUCAGGCCAGUGCAUGUGAACGCCUGAGCAGGCGUCUUGUUUUAUUUUAAAAAGCCUUGUUUAGUAUUUUUGAUGUUCAUGCACAGCAUUACAUGUUCCUUAACUUUUCUCUAGAUAGAUAUUCUUCUAUAUCAUUCAUAUACACGUUUACGUUUAAACGUUUGUGCCCUUAAUUAUUAUCUUUUUAAAAUUUGGUGUAAACCAUCUCCGUAAUGUUUUUGUGGCUUUGAAAUUGAAAGUAUUAACAAUAUUCUACAUUGUCCGUUGUUUGCUGCUCCAAGAUUGAAACUGCUUUCCUCUGUUGCUUAUAUUUUUGCUGAUAGAUGACACGCAAUGACUGAAUUCCAGCUCAUAAAGGUUAACAAAUCGCCCCCAAAAGUUAACAGUGAGAAUUAAUGACAAAAAUAGCAUUGGCUAUACACGAAGUGCGUUUUUUAUGUUAAAUGAGAAUUAUGGCAAAUGAAAGCAAAGAUUUAACAUCAAGCCAUAGGUAUAAAUGUCUAUUUUCACUUGAUACAGACCACUAAAUUAUGUGUACAUGACUAAAACAUAGUCCAAAACAAGAACCAAAAAUGUUCCUUUUCGGAGUUACAUACCGUUGUUUUGUAUUUUGUAAAAAUAUGAGGUUUUUUCGUCAUAAUAUUUCCCUCUUUCAAUAUUGACUGUGUGUUGGGCAGGGCUAGUCCAGUGGCGGGGCUUAUCAAGUGACAGGAAAAACAUACUAUAGACAUUAUAUUCAUACAGUCACUAUAUAUUCAUGAUACUUGAAAUGUGCAUGUAUACAUGAUAAUAUUUUGAAUUAUUUUCCUCUUUCGUUUGCCAAUAUUGACUAUAUUGAGCUAGAUUUUCAUUUCAAUUGAAAUAUAUACUGAAGUACGAUUAAAAUUCAUGGAAAUACGAAUUUCAUAAGGUUUCAAAAAUUUUUCUACAAAAAGUAUUAAAAAUUUCCCCCUAUCACACAAUUUUUUGUUGGACUCUUUGGAUAAAUUUCGCCUUCAAAUCGCAGGAAAUGGCCAUUAACGGGCCCCCUAGAAUGGAACAAAUUUCCACUUUGUCAAGUGACAGGAAGAACAUACCAUAG